AUGUUUCCUCUUUACCCCCCACCGGCUACUGAAAGAUUUUCCUUUGAGUACGCACUUUCUCACACGUACAUACACAUUUUGAAAUAUAAUUGCCUUGCCUUUCAUUCUCACGUUUCUCUCUCUCUCUCUCUCUCGUUGUCUGUUCUUCUUGCUUUCUCUCAUGGGGCGUGGUCAGAGAGGGCGUACCUUUCGACACAUCAUUUUCUUUCUUUCUUUUUGCCUACUACCACUUCCUCGAUGGUCGUUAUUAGGACAAACUCCGACCCCUCACGCAUCCAUCUCUCAUCUCUCCCCCCACCUCGCCCUUUCCUCGACACUGCUUUACUUUCAACACCACCCUCAUACGCCACCACCAUCAUUCCCAACAUCAAUCUCACCUUCCUUUUCAACGUUAGCCACCUGCGCGUCUCUGUCUCCCUCUUUCUUUGUCCUUUUUUCUUUCUCUUUCUCUCUCUCUCUCUCUCUCUCGAUGAGCACCCCUCUCUCUUUCUAGAUGCGCUUCAUUUUUUCUCGCUUUCGAUGAGCGCCAUUUAUCGCUUUCUUGUUGAGUGCUCUUCUCUUUCUCUCUCACUUCCGAUAAAUGCCUCACACACACUCUCUCUCUCUCUCUCUCUCGAUGACCGCCUUUUUCUUUCGAUGAGUAUCCCUUCCGCUCUCUUUCUCUCCCCAUGA